GAUUCCUGGGACGUCUCCGAGCAACCAGAACCUGACGCAACCUCUCCGUCCCUCCCUCCGGUAGCUCCCUGCUCAAAAACAAGUGGACCGUGCCUGCUAGGGGGGAUAAUAACAGAGAGAGAACGGGCUCGUGAUGGUCUUCACUGAUGCGGCUUCUUGGGCUCUGGGAGGCUGACUACAAGUUGGACUGCAGCAGAGGGUUUCUGACAAGUUCUCAAGUUACUCCAAAACACCAAUGGAGGUUUUAAGGAUGUUUUGAAGACUGGAUGACAAAAACCUACAACUAUGGUCAUUUGUAACAACAAAAGAGGCCACCAAUGAAAAACAGAUCGUCUUUAUCCAUUAUUAUUUUGAGAAAGAGAUUUUUGUGUUCAGCAGAUUAAAAAAUGGAUGCGCCCUCAGCUCCUCAGAUUAUGGUGGACAGGGCUUGUGUCCAGGAGGAAGCAGGACGUGGGGAAGAUGUGGAUUUGCCUACGGAUGACCAUCUCAUGAACUUAAAGGCCUUGACGGAGAAAUUAAGACUGGAGACCAGGAGACCUUCUUACCUUGAGUGGAAAGCCCGACUCGAGGCAGACAGCUCCAGAGAGUCAGGAACUGGAAAAGGCCCGAUCCAGGAUGAGCCUGAAGGGAAAGUAGUCACUUGCAAAGAGACUGCAGUGAACUCUGAUGUGAUUCAGUGCAAGUUGCCAUCAGGUGUCCUGAAGGGAUUUGGGAACAUCGAUGAAGCUCUCAGUUGGCUGAGGAGAGAACUGACAGACAUGCGCUUGCAAGACCAGCAGCUGGCAAGGCAGCUCAUGAGGCUCCGGAACGACAUUCACAAGCUGAAGAUAGAGCAGACGUGCCACCUGCAUCGCCGGAUGCUCAAUGACGCCACCUUUGGCCUUGAGGAGCGGGAUGAGCUGGCGGAUCUGCUGUGCGAAUGUCCGGUCACCCCGGGGCUCGGCCUCUCGGCCCCGCUGAGACUCAUCGGCGUCACCAAGAUGAACAUUAACUCUCGUCGUUUCUCGCUCUGCUAGUGAACCCUGUUUUACAGUCCCUAUAAUUUACAGAGAGAGAUUUAGGUAAUGUAUAUUAUUUAGAAAGAAGAAUUUGAAUGCUGUAGGUACAUUCUGUAUAUAGUGUUCCCAAAACCGCAGCAGAUUUUAGACCUUUAGCACCAUCAUGACUUGAAACAGAAUCAUUUUUUUAACUAAAGUAAAGCAAACUUACUGUAUUUCUGUCCACUUAUCAGUUUUAUUGUUACCAGUUACCCUAAAUAUUUCCAUAUACUUUCAUUUUGCUGGGGAUGUCGUGGUUUCUAUCUACAAGUACAGAUUCAAUAUUUUAAAUACAUUUUUACUGCAUACAGACCCCUGUAUGAUGCUUUCAGUGACAGUCAAGAUUUCUUUUGUCCCAUGUCUUGGAUCUUAAUCUAAAUGUUUUCUGAUUUUAAAAAGAUGUCUUAAUAUUGAUACAAAUAGUACACUAUACUGUACCCAAUGUAUAUUUGAGUUAGCGUGUUCUAGUAUCAAUUAGCAAAUAUUGCUUUUUUGUAGAAUAUGCUGAAAAUGAUUUUUUCUUUAUAAUGCUUGUCAAAUUGCACUAGUUGGUAAACUCAUAAUGGUUUCAAGUAUUUUGCAGAAGGUUGCUUCUUAUAAGUAAGGAUGUAUUUGGCAAUUGGUUGGAGCUUUGCCCUUAUUAUGUUGUAAAUGUUGAGGUCCAGCCUGAAAGUAAGCAUCUGAGAUGGCAUUGUUUGUUUGAAACAAAUGCAUGGUUUAGUUUCAUGGAUAAACAUUGAAUUGUAACUUA